CCGGGCCUGCACUCGAAGCCCCGCCUCCAUCUGUCUGUGCCAUCUUGAACAAAAACGGUGGAUGAAAAAGAUCGAGACAAAGAUGGGGCAAAUAUUUUAGAAACGAGCUUUUAAACAAUCGUUCUGUGAACUUUUACUCGGGACUGGACAUUGUGGACCGUAAGUGGAGCUUCGUGGACAAACAGCCGCCACACCCGGUUGACCAAGCUAGCUAACGUUAGCUUCCGAGCUAGCCAGGCUAAGCUAACGUAUAGCGGAUGCGAGCACUAGUAGGCACGGAAGCUGGAAUAAGCUUUGAGUUAUUUUAUUUUUUUUCUAGUUAUUUUUCGGUGCUUGAGAGAAGACUGGAAUGGGGAGAUGAGCAAACGUCGUGUGGCUGUGCCGCCGCUGCCGCUAUGAGGACACCAGCUCGUUAGCUCGCCUGCUAGCGCUUGUUUUUCGUUCCACAGCGGAACCUCAAUAAGCUGCGGCCCUGGCCAUGCCCUCGAGUGUACGGGCGGGCAAUCUGAAGGACCCGGACGUGGCGGACCUCUUCUGCAGGGAUGACCCUGAGAAACUCUUUGCGGACCUCAGGGAGAUCGGCCAUGGCAGCUUUGGAGCCGUCUACUUUGCCCGAGACGUGCGCAACAAUGAGGUGGUGGCCAUCAAGAAGAUGUCGUACAGCGGCAAGCAGACGAAUGAGAAGUGGCAGGACAUCAUUAAAGAGGUGAAGUUCCUGCAGAAACUUCGUCAUCCCAACACCAUCGAGUAUCGGGGAUGUUACCUGAAGGAGCACACAGCAUGGCUGGUGAUGGAGUACUGCCUCGGCUCCGCCUCCGACCUCCUUGAAGUUCACAAAAAGCCUCUCCAGGAGGUGGAGAUUGCUGCUAUUACCCAUGGUGCACUGAAGGGUCUGGCUUACCUUCACUCUCACAACAUGAUCCACAGGGACGUGAAAGCAGGCAACAUCCUGCUGACUGAGCCCGGUCAAGUCAAACUGGGCGACUUCGGCUCCGCUUCCAUCGUGGCCCCGGCCAACUCAUUUGUGGGGACACCCUACUGGAUGGCUCCCGAGGUGAUCCUGGCCAUGGACGAGGGGCAGUAUGACGGCAAAGUGGAUGUGUGGUCGCUAGGCAUCACCUGCAUUGAGCUCGCGGAGAGGAAGCCCCCCCUGUUCAACAUGAACGCCAUGAGUGCCUUAUACCACAUUGCUCAGAAUGAAAGCCCCAUCCUGCAGUCCAGUCACUGGUCCGAUUCCUUCCGCAACUUUGUGGACUCGUGUCUGCAGAAGAUUCCCCAGGACCGGCCCACCUCUGAUGUGCUGCUCAAUCAUCGCUUCUUAUGCCGUGAGCGUCCGUUGACGGUGGUCAUGGACUUGAUUGCCCGCACCAAGGAUGCUGUGCGAGAGCUGGACAACCUGCAGUACCGCAAGAUGAAGAAGAUUCUCUUCCAAGAGACUCAGCAGAAUGGCCCCGUGUCGGAGGGUGGAGAGGACGAGGAGGAGGUGGAGCAGUACCUGUUGCGGACAGGCACAGUGAACAGCAUGGAGAGCUCUCAGUCUGUGCCCAGCAUGUCGAUCUCGGCCAGCUCGAAGAGCAGCUCUGUCAAUAGCCUGGCCGACGCCUCCGACGACAGCAGCGGCGAGAUGGCCAUGAUGCAGGAGGGAGAGCACACGGUCACCUCCAACAGCUCCAUCAUACACCGACCCGCUGCUCAGGACAACAUCUACGAUGACCCUUACCAACCGGAGCUGGAGCCCCAGGCUCCCUCUGCCGGCCGCCGCAGAGCCUACUACCGCAACCGAGACCACUUUGCCACCAUCAGAACUGCCUCCUUGGUGACACGCCAGAUCCAGGAGCACGAGCAGGGCUCGGCGCUGAGGGAGCAGAUGUCGGGAUACAAGCGCAUGCGACGGCAACACCAGAAGCAGCUGAUGGGCCUAGAAAACAAGCUGAAGGCCGAAAUGGAUGAGCAUCAGCUCAAGCUGGACAAGGAGCUGGAGAACCAGAGGAACAGCUUCUCCUCAGAGGCCGACAAGCUGGUCAAAAAGCACCAGGCCAUCCUGGAGAAAGAGACCAAAGCUGCUCUGACAGAGGAGAAGAAGUUCCAGCAGCACAUUUUGGGCCAGCAGAAGAAAGAACUGACCAGCUUACUGGAGUCACAGAAGCGUCAGUAUCGCCAGCGCAAGGACCAACUGAAAGAGGAGCUGAACGAGAACCAGUCGACUCCCAAGCGGGAGAAGCAGGAGUGGCUGAUCCGGCAGAAGGAGUGUCUGCAGCAGAUGCAGGCAGAGGAGGAGGCCAGUCUGCUCAGGAGGCAGAGACAGUACUACGAGCUGCAGUGCCGACAGUACAAGAGGAAAAUGCUGCUUGCUCGACACAAUCUGGAACAGGAUCUACUCAGAGAGGACCUGAACAAGAAGCAGACCCAGAAGGAUCUGGAGUGCGCCAUGCUGCUGCGCCACCACGAAUCCACUCAGGAACUGGAGUUCAGGCAGCUGGGCUCUGUGCAGCGGACCCGUGCCGAGCUGAUCCGAACGCAGCACCAGACAGAGCUGACCAACCAGAUGGAGUACAACAAACGGCGAGAGCAAGAACUGCGUCAGAAACACACCAUGGAAGUGCGGCAGCAGCCAAAAAGCCUCAAGUCCAAAGAGCUGCAGAUCAAGCGACAGUUCCAGGAGACGUGCAAGAUCCAGACACGUCAGUACAAAGCCUUACGCAACCACCUCCUGGAAAGCACGCCAAAGUCAGACCACAAGGCCGUGCUGAAGCGCGUCAAGGAGGAACAGACGCGGAAGCUGGCCAUCCUGGCCGAGCAGUACGACCACUCCAUCAACGACAUGCUUUCCACACAGGCUGUGAGUAAGCUGCGACUGGACGAGACCCAGGAGGCGGAAUACCAGGUGCUACGCAUGCAACUACAACAGGAACUGGAGCUGCUCAACGCCUACCAGAGCAAGAUCAAGAUGCACACGGACACGCAGCAUGAGCGUGAGAUCAAGGAGCUGGAGCAGAGGGUGUCCAUACGCCGCGCACUGCUAGAACAACGGAUCGAGGAAGAGAUGCUGUCCCUGCAGAACGAGCGCUCGGAGCGUAUCCGGACGCUUCUGGAGCGGCAGGCUCACGAGAUUGAGGCCUUCGACUCAGAGAGCAUGCGUCUGGGCUUCAGUAACAUGGCGCUGAGCGGCAUCCCGGCCGAGGCCUACAACCAGGGCUAUCCCACCCCCAGUCCCUCGUCGGGCUCUGGGGGCUGGCCCUCGCGCCCCGUACCCCGCUCGGGCAGCCACUGGAGUCACAGCGUGCAGAACUCUGUGACCACGCCGUCGUGGCGCGGUGGCGGAGGCGGCUUCGUCAGGACCGAGUCGGUCGUGUCGUCGCAUGGCUUCGGCAGGGAUGGUGAACCCGUGAAGGGCGGCAGGGCGUCCGCCUCCUCUUCCGCGUCGUCCUCGCACCACCACCACCAACACCACCAUCAUCAGCAGCCGCACUACCUCCCCCAGCACUACCAGCACCACCAGAGCACGCCGCACCUGUACCGUGACGAGAGGGAUCGUACCAGGGAUUGGGUGGGGGUUGGCAGCCACUAUUCCCAUCAUUCCCAGGGGGGGCACCACCACCACCAUCACCUGUCGUCCCACGCCUCCUCCCAGUCCCUGGCCCUGCUGCCGCCCCCUCCCGCACCUCCCCCCGUCUCCCUAUCUUCCUCCCCGCCGUCCUCGGCCUCCUCGUCCUCAUCCUCUCAGGGAGGCUAUAGCGGCGGCCUUGGGGUGCGGGGCCCCAGCCUGAUGGCCCUCAGGAACAGCCCCCAGCCUCUGCGUAGGACGGCCUCGGGGGGGCCAGGGGGUGGCGGCAGCGACGGCGGCCUGAGUCGCAGCACGUCGGUCACAUCUCACAUCUCCAACGGCUCGCACCUGUCCUACUCGUGAAGAUUUCACUGAGACUGUAGAGUUUAACGUCUUUGAUUUGGAAAUAAUUCACGUCAUUUGCAGUUUCUGUUGCACAAGAUAACGUUUGAGAUUUUGCUCUCGGACGUCACCUGGCGCUUCCUCUUAGUUAGCGGUGCUUUUCAAACCACUCUCACUUUGUAAAUAGGCUCUUCCUCCUUCAUGUGUUUUGAGACUGUUAAGCAGAGAUUGUGUAGAUAACAAUAUAAAUCAAACCACUCUACCUGCCAGUCUUCCCUUCACCACCACGUCGGCAAGCUAUGCCACAAGUUAGCAUAGUGCUCACCCAGCCGCUCCGACGUGCGCUUAGCUUAGCAUCCAGGCCGUAUCUGUUAGCUUAUCUCUACUUAAACAGCCUCACAAAUGCUCCAACGUGCCAUUAGCGUAGCCUAGCUAAACACAGUGGCCAUAUCUCUCUGUUGUGUUUAAAAUAAAACACAAAAAAACUCCCAGUUGCUCCAAAUUGUAGUUAGCUUGGCCUAGCUUAGCUUUGUAUCUCUGCACCGUCCAGUGUAAACUCAUUUGCGUAUUGAUUUUUUUGUUUUUGUCGAUUUUAAAAAGUUAUUUUUAUAACUGAGAUUUUUAACGAGGGGGAGAGACAACAUACUCGUUUGAUCAAUUAGCAGACAACAUUAUGACACAUUAUGUUCCGACAGCGUGUGUGUUAUGUUGUGGUGCGUUAUGCUACAACACGUUGCGACAGCUUUGGUUUCGGCACGUUACGUUACGACACGUUAUGAGACGUGUUACGACAUGCUACAUGUUCCACUACAACAGGUUACGUUGCAGUACGUUAUGCUAUACAACAGAUUGCGACACCUUAGCGAUUGUCACGUUAAUGGAACGAAGAAUUGCGGCACGUCACGGACGUGUUUCCGACACGCCACAGCAUGUUACCUUAUGACACGUUACAACCUGUUUCGUAGCGACACGUGCCACAACACACCUAGUUACGGUACUUUGCGACACGUUAUGGUGCUGCACGUUAUCUUGCAACAUUUAACAAUGUCUCAAAUUCUGUAGCGGAUUGUAACAUCACGGCACAAACUGCGACAUGUUACGUUACAGCGCACUUUGUCAUGACGCAUUCAAUUAUGACCCGUUACGAUACUUUGCAUGACGCAUUACGUUACAGCUUGACCCGUUAUGGCACAUUCAUCCCUGACACAGAAGCUUGCUCAGGCGGUGUGUGGUUACCAUGGCAACAUGGCGGGUUAUUGUUACGUUGUCAGUUUACAGUCGUAGAAGACGUGGAGGAUUUCCCCCGUGGAGUCUCCAAAACAAUGUGGAGUGCUCUCUUUUUUUGUAGAAUCUCAAUGUGAACGUCACGGGUCCCCGUUGACGCGCCAUGUACAUAGCCAUGCUAACUCAAUAGCGUCUUCGUAAUUAUAGGGAUCAUUUGGCAUGUGACCUACUAGGCCAAGAGAUGCUACUGCUGUCAUAUUUGUUUUAUGCCAUUUUUUUUUUUAUGCUGUUUAACUUUUUUUUUUUUUGGUGACUGCCAACGUUGACCACUCAGCGAAGAAUAAGCGUAGUGCAGUUUGACUGUGAUAGAACAACAUAUGAAGUCCAUUUCCCAGCAUUCCGUGUCUCGUGUCAGUAUUAGGAUGUGGAGCGUUCCCACAAUCCUUUGGUGCCAUGUUCAAGUUGACUUGAUUUUUGUUGUUGUUGCGUGUGUGUCUGCAUGGGUAGAAGUGCAGAAGCAUCAGGCAACUUCCUCCCGCCCUGACGAAGGGAAGUGUCGGUCGUCUUUGAUUGUCACGUCUACCUCAUUUGCACUGAUGGUCAAAGAAUGUUUGGCUCUUUUCAAACACGCCAGGAACUGCGCGUUGGACUUCACAAAUGAGCGACGUUUCACUUUUUGACUUGUUUUGUCUUGUUGUUGUAACGUUUUCAUUUAGUUAGAGGAAGGUUUGAAGCUUGAAGAGGCACAAAGAGUUUAGGAAACAAGAAGCACACUUUUGUCUUCUUGGGUCCCGUUAAACGAGGGUAAGCUUGGGGAGAUGAGGCGGAUAUGUUGUGGUCCUCACGUUUCCCACAGGGUGGUGAUGUAAAGAUUAUUUUUCUAGUUUGGAAGUCGGGAAGGAAGAGUCACUCAUUACAAAAAAUGUUCAGGAAGCUUCUCUUUUCUUCCCAAAUAUCAGGCUUUCUUUACGCAUAACAGUGAAACAUUUGAGGGGGGGAAAGUUGUACAGAAAUGUAACAAAAUACUUUUGGAAAAAUAAACAUCAUACAUUGUA